AUGAUCAGCAAUGAAUAUCUCCAUAAGGGUGCGCUCAUCCUCCUUGCAGCUGAGAAGCGCUUACGAAGAACAGGAUGUUCUGUCUCAUUCCCGCUUACUUCAUGGAAAAGCUUUAGUCAAGGGAACAUUACCUCACCACUCCUUUCUCAUGUUCUUGGGUUACAUCUGAAUAAGCCCAGCGUACAAUACUUCCAGUUGGUCGUCAUUACUGUGGCACCAGCUUCUUAUGAUUGUUUGCCGCUGGAUCAUCGCGAGCAGGAUAUUUAUUCUCUCGACAAUCCCGGUUAUGGAUCUGAUGACAUGGUCACUGACAGAAUAAAACCUGAUGCCGAUGUCGGCGCCUUCAGUUUGCGCCAGGUCUGGUGUUCUUCGGUGGCACAUGUCGCACCUCGGAAUUACAGCUCCGAGCUGGGCAAAGUUGUGCUGACACAAUCAAGUGACCAGCAAAGGAUGCACGUCGAUAAAUGA